AUGAAGAAAUAUCAACACCAAUGUCCUUCCCCUUCUCUGUGUUUCUCCGUAGACUCGGGCCUGGUGGUGCCCAGUAUUUCCUAUGAGCUGCACAAGCGUCUGUUGUCAGUCGCUGAACGUUACGGCCUCUCAUUGGAGAGGAGGCUGGAGAUGACAGGUGUGUGCGCCAGUCAGAUGGCCUUGACGCUGCUGGGCGGGCCCAACAGACUGACCCCUAAGAAUGUGCACCAGCGGCCCACUGUGGCCUUACUCUGUGGGCCUCACGUCCAGGCCCAGGGCAUCAGCUGUGCUCGUCACCUGGCCAACCACGAGGUGGAGGUGAUAAUCUUCCUGCCUAACUUUGUCAAGGCGCUGGAUGCCGUCUCCAGCGAGAUCACGCUUUACACCAAGACGGAGGGCAAACAGGUCUCCAGUGUUGAAGAGCUUCCGGACAGCCCCGUGGACCUUAUCAUCAACUGCCUGGACUGUCACGAGAACACCUUCCUUCUGGACCAGCCGUGGUACCAGACCGCUGUAGACUGGGCCAACCAGAACAGAGCUCCCGUGCUCAGCCUGGAUCCUCCAGUCAGCGGACAGGGUCACGCCGUAGAAGCCAAGUGGACACUGUCUCUGGGUCUUCCACUACCGCUGUCAGAGGGAGUAGGUAGGGUUUACCUGUGUGAUAUUGGGGUUCCCCGACAGGUGUUCCAGGAAGUUGGGAUCAAGUAUCAUUCUCCGUUCGGUUGUAAGUUUGUGGUGCCGUUGCACUCUGCGUAACUGAAGGGUUUCGAAUUACACAUGGACUCUUGGGCGCCCCCUACAUCUCUUGGGCGUACCCUACGUUUGUUCUGAAAAGUAAUUUGAACUAUGUUUAACUGGACUGCAAUGACCUUUGACCUUCAGAUUGAACUUCAGGGUAGUGUUCACUAUGUGCGAAACUAAAGAGAACUCCGAAAUGAAAUGAAACUGGUGGAAGUUAGUAUCUGAACUUAAGAAAUGCUUGUUGGAGUGCCCUAAUAAACACAACCCUGGGUUUGGGGGGAUUGACUACAAGCAGGCCUUAAAUUCUUGACAUUUUAACUUAAGUGUUAAAAAGCAUUUAUCCUUUUUAUUACUAAUGACCCUCGAGAAGACUUGUCCAAUAUAAGUUCAUACAACACUUUUACAGGAUUGAACUAAAGAAUGACAGGAGAAGUAUGCCGAUGACAACCCUGAGACAUGGCUGGAAACUCCUCUGACCACCUCCUCGUAUGAUAUAGACUAUAUCCUCAAGAUAAUGUUGGGUUCAGAAACCAUGAGGCCGAGACAGGGGGAAAACUAACCAACAGUCUGGCAGCCUGCUGCCGACGUGGAGAACCCAUUUCAUCCAGAUCGGUAACCUCAGUUUCUGUGAAGGGUAAAGCAGGUCACCGCUAGAUGUACUGUCUUGGGUACAGUCAAGUGAUUCAACAUCAAGAAUGGCUACCGUUCCAUCGACAGGAAUGACGGCAUGGAAGAAGUCCUGGUGUUAACGCACUGACUGGGAUCAACAUCCCCUGAGGUAGGCGUUAGAGGGGAAAAACAAGGAAAUACCAUCUCAGUGUUGGAGAAACUGGAGGACCCCCCCCCCCCAGGAAAUACCAUCUCAGUGUUGGAGAAACUGGAGG